AUUAGCAUAGAAACAAGGUUUUAGAAGUAAACAAAUGGAAUACAUACUAAAUUAUCCUGCAUCAUUAAGCAAGCAGGGUUGCACCUCAUUUAUACCAUAAAUAUCAUCUAUCUAUACCAUAAACAGCAGAAAAACUUGCAAGUAAAAGAGAUCAUUUCCCUAUGCUUUAUCUAACUUACCUCCAAUGUACAGGUUGAAUCGGUAAAGAAUUACAAAACGAGUAGGCUACCAGACAAGCAGGGCCAUAUUAACCAAAACAUUAACCUAGGUCCUUAGGCAGACAUAAAAAAGGGGAAGAAAAGAGUCUAUUUACCUUUAAAGUAUUCCGGAAUGUAUCAUGGCUCUAUCUAUUCAUCUUUUUCCAAAAAAAAAAAAAAAGUGCAUCUCUCCGGGGCUGGAAAAACAAAUAGAAUCCGGGGCGGAGGAUCCACCCAUCUCUUCUUUCCCCUUCGCCCGAAGUCGAGUGAUAGGAAGAGAAGACUGUAGGCGGAGGAUCCCCCUUCAUAGGGGAAAAGCGAAAGUGUGCUCCUGUGCACCAGCUGAAGAAAGGAGCUUUGGAAGCUACCUAAUUAUUUUCAUUAUUAUAAAAAAGGAAAAGGGUUCCAAACCCAUCUUAUAAUAAUAAGAAAGGCAAGCUAAAACCUACUCCUAAUAAGUUACUGGAUCGAAGUAGGACAUUCUCCAUCCACCCGCCUGCAGCAAAGGGGGUUCGAUUCCCGUUAUACACGAUGUGGCAAAAAAGACUGAUUCAACGAGAUACCUUGCCUGCAUUAAGGUUUAAAACUUGUCUACUUUCAGGAAAUGUUCGGAAUGGAGAACUUACUAUAAUACAACGCAGCAUUUUCCGAAGAUUGAGGAACAAGAAGAGAUGUAUUAAGAGAAGGAUUUAUCCGAGAGAAAAUCUUAAGAUAACUACACGAAAGUCGCCCCUUUUUCACGGGAAUUUACUCAUCAUAGAGAUGCACAGAGGAACAGAACGCACUUCAUAUAUCCCAUUUCCAUUCAAUCCAGAAACAAGAUCGGACGUUAUUCCAGUUCGUCUCCAUUUUCGUGAAACUAUUCCUCAAGCAAGGAAGCCGAUAAGUCAUCGAAGGGUUUGUGUGAAUAACGGAAUAGUUAGCAUUACUCAUUUUAAAAAAGUCUCCCAAGGUGAUAUAAUAUAUUUUCAAAAAAAUGAUGGGAGAACCCGGGGUAAAGAAAUAAGGAGAUCUUUCUAUAUUGAAAUAUCAGUUGAAACAAUCAUAGGAAAAUUCCUUGAUCACCCAGUAAGGAUGUGGAGAAGAGACAAAACAGAAUGGUUCCGCCUACUCAAAACUAAGGGAUGCUACCUACUACCAAAAUCCCGGUUUUUGCAACAGUUGCGUUCUUCUAUGCAAGAAGAAGACUUAAGAACAAAGAAGUUUGGAUCCAAAAAAGUAAGCUUAGGCAGUUUCUUCGCUGAAUAAAUGCAUCCACGAGGGAACUGCAAGAAGGGCUUGCACAACGAGUCCAAAGAAAGAUAGCAAAACAUUGUUAUAUACAAUAUUACAAUAUUCCAGAGUUCUGCAUUUAUAACUACAGUCCGGCUAAUGACCGCCGUUUGGGCAAACGCUAAGAAUGGACUUUUUCUUUAGUCAUUGCAAUUGUCUUACCGCCAUACCUGUCAUUCUGACUGCUAACUUUUUAAAAUACUCAAUAACUGUCUUGCAUUUUUUAGUUACAAAUUUCCCUUUAUUCUUGCUAAAACUCUCCAACAAGUCGAAACCCACCCCUUUUUUUUCCUUAUUUGAGAGACUGAGACCACAUCUUUUUCUUGAAGAAAGUGCACGGCAUCAAAAGGCAUACAUAUAUACAGAGCAGUAAAACUAUGGGUGUGGAACCUCAAAUGUGCACCGCACGUGAAACCUAUUUUGAGGUCCCACAAAAAUGAUCGGAGCAGUGUUGUGUGGGAUCCCCGUUAAAAUUAGCUCAGUUGGAGAUUGAUAAGGGCUUGAUCAAUUCUUUGUUCAAUUUUCUGUUACACUGAACGAAAAAUCGAUCAAGCCCUUACUCAUAUUCCGCUUAGCUAAUUUUUUACAAGGAUCCUUGAAAUAAUGUUAUAAACAAAUUGAGCAGCUUCGAUCAUUUGCGUGGGAGCCAAAGUGGGUCCCACACAACGUGGUGUACAUUUCUUUGUCACUUAUUCAUUUUUUUGUGUUUUAGUUAAUUUUUUAAUUACUUAUUUAUCUCUACAAGAGGCCCUGUUCUUUUGAACUUUUUGGACAAAAAAUAAUUUUAAAAAAUACACAAGGUCCUGUUCUUUUAAAAUUUUUGGUUUGGUACUUUAUAAUUUUUAUUAUCAGAUUCCCCUUAAACUUUUUGAAUUGGCCAUUUUUUUCGACGGGAAGAGUCUAAAAGUAAAAACCAACGCCCAAAAGCCAAAAAAGUUCAUUGAAUAUAAAAAAAGUUUGGACGGUCUUUUUUGUAUUUGGGAUUGUGCUAUCUGAAUUUUUCAUUUUUUUUUUCCUAAUUCCUCUCAUUUGAGUGAAUGAUUUCUCCUAAAAUUUUCUACGGGUAGAAAAGUUUAAACAAAAUAUACAAAAAAUAAAUAAUUCCGAAAAAUACUACUCCCUCCAUCCCAAAAUGUGUCCGCAAAACGAUGACUAAAAAAUUAUAUAUUUUUUUCAAGAAAAAUUUAUAUAGAACUCAUUGAUAUCUAGCAAGUUGGAAAUUUUUGAAUUUUUCUUGCAAAAAUUGUAUUAUUUUUAAGGCCCCAUUUUGUGGACCGGACAAACAUUUUGGGACAGACGGAGUAGAACAAUAAUUUAGGAAGAACACAACCUGAUUUAUGCAGGGGCGGAGUGAGGGGGGGUGCAAGCAGGGGCCUGGGUCCCCGCACACCUCCCAAUUAUCACAAUAUUUCUAACUACAUUUGAGGUUUUGUUUGUAAGAAUUCUAAAGAAAGGUCCCCUCAAAAUUGUGCUAUUAUUAUAUUAGAAUACUAUUUUGUUAAUUUAUGAAUACAUGUGAUUCGGUUCCCCCGCAUCAAGAAUCCUGCAUCCUCCACUGGAUUUAUGCUUCCCUAGUGGUAUUUUCCGAUAAUAUGUCAUUUGAUGUUCAACAGCCAGAUUCAUUUUGAAAGAGUAUGCAAAGGAUAUCAGUAAAACCUACAAGCGCACCCAUAAUGUCGUUUUAAGCAAUACCUCACCUUGGUGUAACCUACGGUCCUUCAAAAACGUAAUUUGUAGUGAAAGCAAAGAGGAAAAUAAGAGAA